CCCGCCAUGCUUCAACCACUGCGCUGUCUGCUUCUGACCUCUGCUGUGCUGCUCUGCAACGCCGCCCCCACCCCCACGGAGAAACAUGGGGGCACCGACACAAUGUGUCCUCUGACGGUAAAAAUCCUGGAUGCGGUGAAGGGGAGUCCAGCCGGAUCAGUCGCACUCAAGGUGUCUCAGAAGGCUGCUGAUGGGGGAUGGACACAUAUCGCUAAUGGAGUGACGGACGCCACUGGAGAGAUCCACGAUCUGAUCACAGAGCAGCAGUUCCCAGCAGGAGUGUAUCGUGUUGAGUUUGACACCAAAGCUUACUGGAAGAAUGAGGGGAGCACGCCGUUCCAUGAAGCAGCUGAUGUGGUGUUUGAGGCCCACACUGAAGGUCACCGUCACUAUACCUUGGCCCUGCUGCUCAGUCCGUACUCCUACACCACCACAGCCGUGGUCACAGACGCACACCAGUGACACACCGUGGAAAUUUACAGUCCGGCGGAGGUGUCAGAACAGCAAGCUGCACAAGGCCGGAGAACUCUCACAUGAUGAUCCAAACCAACAAUGAAUGUAUCUACUAAUAAGUAUUGUGUGUGUAUCAAAGUCUUAAAUAUAUAUCUUCCUCUGUGCCACAGAGC